UUCCUGCUGCCUUGCAGUGCUCUGGAUCGCCUCACUUUUUACUCGCCAAGUACCGGAUUUGCACGUAUGUUUAAACAGAAAAGCAAGGUUUGUUUGGUGAUGCAAGUUAACAACCCACUUGAACGAAGCGGGCCGAACAGCCAGGAAUAUCCAUUACAGACACCCUUCACCAUCUGUUUUAAAGAAAUACCAUUUACAGAUGGGCAGACUGUCUCCAAAGCUUCACUGGUUCAUUUUGAGAAGGCCCAAGAUGAAGGCAAAGAUCUAACUGAGUCUUUGUGGACUUCCUGUGCUGAUGGCAGAGUCAGACUGAGAAUAGAUAAAUCAUGUCCUCAGAUUCCAAUAACAGUUCAUCAGAUGUUCAAAGAGAGCCUAGAGAAAUACGGGUCUCUCAAUGCUUUGGCCAGCAAAAAGAAUGGCAAGUGGGAGAAGAUCACUUUUUUAGAGUAUUAUUGCCUGUCCCGGAAAGCAGCCAAAAGCUUCUUAAAGCUUGGUCUUGAACGAUUCCACAGYGUAGGAAUCCUUGGAUUUAAUUCUCCUGAAUGGUUCAUUUCAGCUGUUGGGACAGUUUUUGCUGGAGGAAUUGUCACAGGAAUAUAUACAACCAACUGUCCAGAGGCCUGCCACUACAUUGCUCAUGACAGCAAAACCAAUAUCAUGGUUGUGGAAAAUCAGAAACAAUUGGAYAAGAUAAUGCAGAUCUGGAAUCGUCUGCCACACUUGAAAGCUGUUGUUCUGUAUAAGGACUGCAUGCCGGAGAGACAUCCCAAUUUGUAUACGAUGGARGAAUUUCUGGAGUUGGGAAAUGACAUAAGUGAUGCUACUUUGGAUGACAUUAUUAACUCCCAAAAGCCAAAUCAAUGCUGUGUGCUAAUAUACACAUCUGGAACAACUGGGAAGCCAAAAGGAGCCAUGCUGAGUCAUGACAACAUAACUUGGACAUCAGCACAUUGCAGCAAAGCAGGAGAUAUGCAGCCCGCAGAGGUCCAGCAGGAGUCUAUAGUCAGUUAUCUCCCACUCAGCCACAUAGCUGCACAGAUAUAUGACCUGUGGACAGGCAUCAAGUGGGGAGAGCAAGUUUACUUUGCUGAGCCAGAUGCUUUAAAGGGCAGCUUGAUCAACACACUAAAAGAAGUGCAGCCCACAUCUCAUAUGGGAGUUCCCCGAGUAUGGGAGAAGAUCAUGGAGAAAUUAAAGGAUGCUUCUGCGCAGUCAGGAUUCGUGAAAAAGAAAAUGCUUUCCUGGGCUAUGUCAGUUAGCUUGGAGAGAAACUUAAACUGCUCAAGCAGUGAUUUAAAGCUGUUUUGGACAAGGUUAGCAGACUACUUGGUCCUUGCAAAAAUCCGCAAUGCGCUGGGAUUUUCUUGCUGUCAAAAGCACUUUUGUGGUGCUGCUCCUCUCAAUAGAGAAACACUGAAUUUCUUCUUGGGUCUGAACAUCACCUUGUAUGAGGCCUAUGGGAUGAGUGAGACCACAGGCCCACACUGCCUAUCUGGGCCAUAUAUUUACAGGCAGCACAGCUGUGGUAAACCAGUACCUGGCUGCAGAGUCAAGUUGGUAAAUGAAGAUACAGAAGGCAAUGGAGAAAUCUGUUUYUGGGGAAGAACUGUUUUCAUGGGUUACUUAAAUAUGGAGGACAAAACAAAAGAAGCCUUUGAUGAAGAUGGAUGGCUGCAUUCUGGAGAUUUAGGAAAACUGGACAAGGAUGGCUUCCUCUAUGUCACUGGAAGAAUUAAAGAUUUGAUUAUUACAGCUGGAGGUGAAAAUGUGCCUCCAAUUCCAAUUGAAGAUGCUGUCAAAAAAGAACUUCCAAUUGUUAGUAAUGCCAUGGUGAUUGGAGAUAAAAAGAAGUUUUUGUCAAUGUUGCUGACUCUAAAGUGUGUCCUGGACCCAGACACAUCUGAGCCAACUGACAUCCUUACUGAGCAAGCUAGAGAAUUCUGCCAGAAGAGGGGCAGUAAAGCCACAAGGGUAUCGGAGAUCGUAGCUACGAGGGACCGGGCGAUUUACCAGGCCAUUCAGGAGGCAAUCAACAAAGUCAACGUGAAUGCAGUUAACAGAGUGCAUUGCAUCCAGAAAUGGGAGGUCCUGCCAAGAGAUUUUUCCAUUUCUGGAGGAGAACUAGGUCCGACAAUGAAAUUAAAAAGACUCACCGUGCUUGAGAAAUACAAAGAUGAAGUAGACUCCUUCUAUGAAGAGUAA